AUGGCGUCCCAGGCAGAGGGCCUUCUUUCUGAAGAGUGUAGGGUUGCUAUUAAUCAAAUAGCAUCUUAUGAGCUGCAUGUCAGUGAUGCUUAUUUAUCUAUGAGGCCUGAUAUAGAUAACUGGGGAACUGGCAAACAAGCUAUAGAGUCUGCUCUGCAGUUGGAGAAAGCGUUAAACACGCUGCUGCAAGAACUGAAGACCUUGGCUUCUAAGAAUAAAGAAACCAAUCUCUCACGCUUCAUGAAGAAGUUCCUGGAUGAACAGACCAGGAACAUAAGCUACCUGGAAUACCAGCUUAACUAUCAGAAGGACUUAGAAAAGGCGGCCCAGAGUGAAGGACAGCCUGAAAAGGCUGCUGAAGCAUCUGAAACAUCAGGUAAAAAGACAACACCUGAUGGCAACACAGCAAAUCUUCCCACCCAGCAGGUCCCAACGUCAGCUACUUAA